AUGAAUAAAUCCCAAAAAAACAAGGAAUUCAAACAUUUGCCUGUGCAUGGACCAGCUGAAUACCGUCCAAUUUAUAUUCAUAAAUCAACAAUUGAAAAUUGUUAUGACGUUAAACGUUUAAUCCAAAAAUCACAAAUGUUUUGUAUUGACAUCGAAAGUAUCGUAGCAGCAUUCAAUGAUCGUAUAAAAGCAGAAAAUCAACAAAAUCAUCCUGCUCUAAUUCAAGUAGCAGAAAAACUGUUUUGUGGUGAACCAAAAGAUGAGAUGACAUCUUUGAAAGUACAUUACAAAAAUAAUCUAUUUCACCGUGGUGAAUUAAAAGCAAUUUUUCAUAUUCGAGAAUUAUUUCAUGAAAAAAUUCGUUAUGAAGGAAAAACCGGAAAACGUUUACUUGAACAAGAAUCGUCAGUAUUUUCUGCAGUGCCAGGAGCUCUGGUAGUGGAUAAUUCUGACGACGAUUGUUUCAAUUCAAAUGCUGUAGUACAACCUUGGUAAGUUAUUUUCUUUCGCAAAUAAUACCUGUUUUCACAGACGUAUAGGAAUAGUAGAAGUAACACUACUCUGUGUAUCUGAAAAUUCUAAAGUGCUGCUUAUUUUUCCAACUGCUUUUGUGAGCCCAAGUAUCGCUGUCUCUAUAAGUACAGUGGAUCGAAAAAUUAUUGGCCCACCUUUAUUUUUGAUCCUUCUUGUCGACCAUAAUAGCUAGGAGGAAUUUGAAAAGAGAUUUGAAUUGCUAAACGAAUUUCCAAUCUAAUGUGAUGUAUAUAAACAUUUCAUCGAAAGUCCUGAAACCAAGAUGUCUGGAAAACUAAAAUCUUAGAAAAUCAAGUACCGAAGUUUGAUCUAGAAAUUCUUUGCAAAUAAGUUUAUUGUUUAGACAAAUAUUUCUGAAGAAAAUAAGAUGUCUUCGAGCUCUUUACUACAUUUUUUCAUGAAACAGCAUUCAGUUUACGAAAGGCCCCAAGUGCGUAUUUUUCUCGUUUUCAAGAUUGACACAAAAACAGUUGGAAAACUUCCAUAGAUUCGGACAUUUUUCUCUCUUCAUAAUUAUCAAUAAAAGUACACUUUUCGUGCACACGUUUUAUCUCAAAUUUUGUCAGCCAUAGUGAAAGAGCAAGGGGCUUUCUAAUCACUAACCACUACGUAGCUUAACAUUAUUUUGUAUAGUAAAACCAAUUUAAAUAUUUCUCUAGGUAAUUUUUUCUCUUUGUAUGUAUAAAAAUGUAUAACAAAACUGUAUAUCUAGCACUGUAUAAAACUGGACUGACACGAAAAAUAAAAUCAUAAAGGAAAAGAAAGACACUGGACAGUACAUAUACGAAAGAAAAAGAAGGAAAAUCACGCGUCAAAUACACAAAGACAUAGAAAAAGGAGAAUCGAGGCUUAUGAUCUGACAAAGUUUGGAACCUCUGUUUUAGUGGUCAAUUUUUUCUCAUUGUCAACAAAAUCCUCUCGCCUUAUAAGGGUGGGUUGUUGAGAAAGCGUGUGAGCCUGGGAGCAAAAAUAUUUUCAGAUUUGCAGACUGAUUUCUACAAAAAGCUGUAAACGAAGUAAGAUGGAUUGAGUAUAGCAUAAAUGAUUCAGUCUAGGCUUAUUCUAUUUGCUGUACUUUAUAUCACAAGGAUGUUGAAAUUUCAUUAGUCGCUCGCUCUACAACUUGGAACUUUUGAAGAUCGAUAGUUUUUCUUCAUCUGAAAUCUUAUUAUUACAAAACGAAGUUUUAUUACAUUCUAUUGUCUUAAUGAAAUCAAAAAGAUUUUUAAAAAUAGCGUUUAUCAUCGGACAGGAAAUAGAAAUAGUUGACUGCCUCGAGAAAUGUUGAAUGAAUAGUAUAGCUACGUUGUUGAAAUUCACUUUCAUAUGCUGUAAUGUUCACAAAUCUUUCUCCUUUUAAUCUUCUUCCGUUCCGAAUCUAUGGAAGUUUUCCAACCGGUUCGCGAUUUGAUAUGCUCAGAGUGAGAAGGCUGUAAAGCUGUCAAUUCUUUACAAAGUGUGAUAGAAAAGUUUCAGAACGAAGACGAUUUUCAUAUUUUAUUUUUGGUAUGAAAAAAAUACCUGACCGAAAACUAUUCAGAUUUAGUUUGUCUGCUUUUUUUUCGUCAGAACAAAACGGAAAGAGAAAUGCGUAUAUAUACAACACAAAGAGAAAAAUAGAGACGUCUUUUUUUUACGUUUCCUUUAUCUUCUGGUCAGCUGAGAAAGAAUGUAAAAUGUAAGAAAUUGUAAAUACACUUUCUUACAUUUCCCAUCUUUGUUAGAUGUCUAUUGUAGAUGAUAAAGCUUUGGUCAAAAAGUUUACAUUUUUUCAUUUACAACCUUAUUUUUAUUAGAUGCGCCAGAACCCAAACGGACAGUACAUAAACGACACACGCCGUCGUUUUCGUUGUCUAUAUUCUGUGCACAGAAAAAAAAGCAAAACAACGGUGUGCGUCCUUUAUCGUCCGUUUGCGUUCUGGUACAUCUAAUAAAAAUAAGAUUGUAAAUAUAAAAUAUGAACUUUUUGGUCUAAGUUGUGUUGUUUCCCCCUAUAUAAGAAUAACUGGUCAACGUUAACAUCACACAUGCACUUAUUCCUAUUCAGUUUGAAAAGUGUUUUUAUUCGUUGUUAAAUUGAUUGGGUCUACACAAUUAGAAUUACGCGUAUAAAAUUGCAUUGAAGUAAGUAUGUUAAAAGUAUAAAAUUGUGCUUUGUCAGUUUAGAUCUUCCUCCACUUUCUUUUGACUUUCUAGUAGCGUUUUAUGAGAAAAGAAGUAAAGAUGGUCAAUCUUUGGUAGCUUCCGUUUUGUAAAACGUUUCUUGACGUACCGUUUUUCAUAUGACUAUACUCGUCGCCAUUCGUUAUUUAUGUCUUGAGAUAUUUUCACGUAUCUAUCCUCAGCAAAAUCAAUUUUUCCUCAUAUGAUUACAACACAUCUUCGUUCUUCAAAGAUAAAAAUUAACGUGAAAAGUACAAAAAACAGUCGCAAUAACCACCGUUUUUUCUUCACUGUGCGAAAAAAACAUUUUUGACUUUAGAAUGUGUUCUCCUUAACGAACGGAUGUUUCAAGAUUUUCUCAAUUUUUUAUAUACCCUAGUGAAACUUCUUGUACCCAAGAUCUUGGGUUAAGAAAUGUCACAAGAUCUUGGAAAAAACACCAAGAAGUCAAGAUCUUGGGUGGCGUAAGCCAAGAUGUUUCAAGAUCUUGGAUUCUUGAAUCUGUCACUCAAGAUCUUGUAUUAAGAAAUUUCAAGAUCUUGAGUGAAGCCACUCAAGAUGUUGCAAGAGCAAG